UUUGUGUUGCUACUGUGGAAUUAUUGACUGCUAUCAUUAAGUGAUUUUAUAUAUUCGUAUACACAUAUUCCUCCAUAGAAGUACUCAGGAGUUUAAUUAUAACCAAUCCUGCCAAUAAAUUAAGUAUAAUUAUGGGCGAUAGUAAAAUCUGUGACAUCAGUGAUGACGUGCGUGACGCAUUGAAGAAAUUUCGCUUUCGUAAAAGUACUGCCAACUCCGCACUAAUAUUAAAAGUUGAUCGCGAAAAACAACUUGUCGUUCUGGACGAACUACUCGAGGAUAUAUCCGUUGAUGAGUUGCAAGAAACACUGCCUGGGCAUCAACCGCGUUAUAUCAUUUACACAUACAAAAUGACACACGACGACCAAAGAGUUUCCUAUCCAAUGUGUUUUAUAUUCUACACGCCACGGGAUAGCCAAAUUGAGCUCCAAAUGAUGUAUGCUUGCACCAAGAGUGCACUCCAACGUGAGGUGGAUUUAACACGUGUCUAUGAAAUACGUGAACUGGAUGAACUCACUGAAGAAUGGCUCAAGGAAAAACUAAAGUAAAUUCUUUGAAGAGUUUGUAUAUAGUACAUACUACAUAUAAAUUGAUAAGCAAUAUUGUGUAUAUGUUUGUUGGUGUACUUACCAUGUGCAUGAACUUUACAAAAUACCAACGAUUUUACACCAAAAACAUACAUCCAUACAUACAUACAAAUGUAUAUCUAAAAUUAACAUAAAAACAGAAUACGAAACUAGUAAAAGAAGAAGUAAAGAAUAUUUUAAGAAAAAUAUUUUUUUUUAAUACGUCUACAGUAAAAAGACCAAAAACGCCAAAUACUUAAAAAAUUCCAAUAAGCGUAAAUGCUUUCAUUCAUUCCAACAUUUUUUAAUUUUAUACUUAUUGUGUAGAGUAAAACUGUAAAAGCGUUUUUGUAGUAUUGAAGUGUAUAAUUACUAAAAAAAAAAAUAAAAAAAUAUAACAAAAAUUAAAGAAGAAAUUAAAAAUUAAAUAGCAAAAAA